GCUACCUUCCUCUCUUACGACCUGCUCGCGGGUGAGGGUCAGACAGUAACGAUGCGUCCUUCAUUACCUCGCCUAGUGAAAGUCAUCCCCAAGAGCCAGCUGGCGCAGCAAGGCAUCCCGCUUCAGCGCACCUUACCUGAGCCCGUGCGUUCGGACAUCAAGCAGCCGACGCUCAUUGAACUCCUCAUGAAACGGAGGGCUGAUGCGGGAGAGAGCUACCCGUCAAAUAUUCGGAUAGAGCCCGAGCUGAAGAUGGCGCACUUCAGACGGUUCCCAAAGGAGGUUGGGAUGGAGUUGAAGGAGAUGGCUCGGGAAAAGUGAUGUAGUGGGGCAUGGUUCACUCUUGCUACCGCUCGCAUACAUCUGGCCGGUUACUCUUGUUGCAUGACGCCGCUGCUUUAAGGCACCUUUUCCGGUUUGUCUUUGGCCUCCCGUUCAGUAAAUGCUUAUCGCAGACGGGUUGCGUAGGAAAUGUAGGGAUUUAA